AUGGGGCGCGGGCCGGUGCAGCUGCGCCGGAUCGAGAACAAGAUCAACCGCCAGGUGACCUUCUCCAAGCGCCGGAACGGGCUGCUGAAGAAGGCCCACGAGAUCUCCGUGCUCUGCGAUGCAGAGGUCGCGCUCAUCGUCUUCUCCACUAAGGGGAAGCUCUACGAGUACUCUAGCCAUUCCAGCAUGGAAGGCAUUCUUGAGCGUUACCAGCGGUACUCAUUUGAAGAAAGAGCAGUACUUGACCCAAGUAUUGAAGACCAGGCAAAUUGGGGAGAUGAAUAUGUCCGGUUAAAAUCCAAACUUGAUGCACUUCAGAAGAGUCAAAGGCAUCUGUUAGGAGAACAAUUGGAUUCACUGACCAUAAAAGAACUCCAGCAACUGGAGCAACAAUUGGACAGUUCUUUGAAGCAUAUUAGGUCAAGAAAGAAUCAGCUCAUGUUCGAUUCAAUUUCCAAGCUUCAGAAAAAGGAGAAAGCACUUACAGAUCAAAAUGGUGUCCUGCAAAAGCUCAUGGAGGCAGAGAAGGAGAAAAACAAUGCUUUAAUGAACGCACACCUCCGGGAGCAGCAAAAUGGAGCAUCAACAAGUUCCCCAUCACUGUCACCACCAAUGGUUCCAGAUUCCAUGCCAACUCUAAAUAUUGGGUAUCAUGCUUCCACUGAAUUCAUUACUGCACACAACUAA